AUGUCUGAAAGUGAUGAUCCACGGAUAAUACAUGAUAUCGAUUGGCCGAUGCUUGAUAAAAGUCGAUAUGUUCCUUUAAAUCUUCUAUCAACAUUUACUGUUCGUUCACUUCUUUAUCCAUUUACACUUGUUCGUACACGUUUACAAGUACAAAUACAAUCAUCGAUUUAUAAAGGUACAUGGCAUGCAUUAACAUCAACUGUUCGUUAUGAAGGUUUUCGUUCAUUAUAUAAAGGCUUUCUUGUUUAUAAUUGUCAAUUAGUACCCGGUCUAAUUUAUAUAACAACAUUUGAAGCUACUCGUUCACAUGCAAAUAUUAUAACUAAAAAUGAAUAUUUACGUGCUGGUUUUGCUGGCUCAAUAGCUUCAUUAAUAGCACAAAUACUUGCUUGUCCAAUUGAUAUUAUAUCUCAACAUAUGCAAUUAGUUGGCUUAACAUCACCCGGAAAAAAAACUCGUACUAAAAAUGGUACAACAUCUGUAUCAGAUACAACAUUAACAGACACAAAAAUAACUCGUCAACAAAUACCUCGUAUACAUGUACCUAAAGAAAUACGUAAUAGUAAUUACUUAAUAUUUAAACAUAUAUGUAAAACUAUACUUUAUGAAAAUGUUUCUGAUAAUAAUAAUAAUAAUACUAAUAAUAAUAAACCUCGUUUGAGUUUAAAAGGUUUUUAUCGUGGAUAUUUUAUUUCGACGUUUUUAUUCAGUUUAACUAGUGCAAUCUGGUGGCCAUCAUAUUACUUUUAUCAAAGACAAAUGCUUAAUAUUGAAGCUACGUUUCAAGUAAAAGAAAAAGAAAAUUGUUGUCGUUUAGAAAUGUUUAUUCUCUUUUUUUUUUCUUUAGCUAAUAUGUUUCCAUUACCGUUACUUGUAAUUCAAUGUAUUGCUGGUCCCUUAUCUUCUCUUACAUCAACAUUACUUACGAAUCCACUUGAUGUAUGUCGCACACGUAUACAAGUUGAACAAGAACGACGAAAAGUAUCACAAAUAAUGCGUGAAUUAUGGCAAGAAGAACGUUUUAAAAUAUUUACAAAAGGCUUAACAGCUCGUCUUUCUCAUUCAUGUGUUUAUUCAUUAUUUAUUAUAUUUGGUUAUGAAACAGUUAAACGAAUAUCAUUAAAAGAAGAAUAUAAAGGACAAAUAAGAUGGUAA